GCCACACCGGCUCCAGGGAGCAUUUCCCGCGCAUUUGUCCCGCACCGAGCCCCGGAGCCCCGACGAUGCUGAGCUGGACCCGCGAGGCCCCCAUGGAGCCGGACUCUCUGGACACCAUGUCGAAGAGCGAGAUCCUCCGAGGCAUCAUCGUGGAGAAGCUGAGCACCGCGGCCCGGGAGAUCCUGGCGGUGGUGGAGAGGACGGUGACCGACUACGAGGAGGAGGCUUCGGGCUUCAGGCAGGAGAUCGACCGGCAGCGGAGACAGCUGGAGCUGCUGCAGCCAGAGAUCAAGCAGGAGACGUCGGACGAGCAGCAGAUUUUUCCCGUCAGCGAAGCCAGAGGAGUGGAGCCGCUGGAGGAGGAGGAGGAGGUGCACAAAUACGAGCCUAGUGAGGGGGACACGGAGAGUCUGGGAAUCGUCUGCUACACAGAACAGCAGGCGGAGGAAGAGGAGCACGAGGACGAAGAGGAGGUGGAGGUGGAAGAAGACGAGGAGGAAGAGGAGGAAGAGGAGGAGGAGGAAGAGGAGGAAGAGGAGGAGGAGGAGGAAGAGGAGGAAGAUCAGGCGUCGCUGAGCUCUGCUCUAGAACCGGAAUACAAAACAGCGCCCAGGUUGGUGCCUCCCUCAGCUCCGUCUGACAGGAGGAGCGUCGGCAGACCUCGAAUCAGCGACUCGCAGACCCUCAUCGACCUGAGGAUCCGCAUCCUGGAGGACUCGGACAUUGACGUUCUUUCAACUGGAGUGUUCCAGAAGUAUCCGGCCCAUGAGCUCCAGUGUCCUCGAGGUCUCCAGGAGGAGGACUUCCUAGAGCUGCUCAGGUCCUCCUUCCCUCAGCUGGCUGACGGAGAACCCUUCGACGUCUUCACCACGGACAGAACCAAGAGGCUGCUUCCUCUGGAGGUGGACAGUCUGACCCCGGAGGAGAUCUACGGAACCAUCCGGUCCAGCGGGAACUCUGCCCUCUACAUUCGGCUGAAGAAACCGAAGGAGGUGCCGUCGGCUGAGUUCGAUCCGUCACAGAUAGAUACCGCUGCCGAACCUUCGUCCUCGUCGGAUCAAACCAGGAAACACUUCAGGAGGAAGCCCGGCAGACCUCGGACCAGCGACACGCAAACCCACAUCCACCUCAGAGUCCGAAUCCUGGAGGCCUCCCAGACCGACAUCCUGUCAGCUAGCGUGUUCCAGAAGUUCCCGGUCCAGGAGCUCCAGUGUCCUCGAGGUCUUCAGGAGUCCGACUUCCUGGAGCUGCUCCGGUCCUCCUUCCCUCAGCUGGCUGACGGAGAACCUUUCGACGUCUUCUCCACGGACAGAACCAGAAGACUUCAGCCUCUGAACGUGGAGACUCUGACUCCAGAGGAGAUCAGCAGCACCAUCCGAUCUACGGGGAACUCUGCCCUCUACAUCCGUCUGAAGUCUACAGGAGACCUGCAGACCAAAGAGGAGGGACCUCUGCAGAGUAAAGAUGCUGAAGAAGAUCCAUCAACGCCGACGACCAGCCGCCAGAUCAGCAGACUUCCGUCUGACAGGCGACGCCGUGGAAAAGCUCGGAACCAGGAGUCGGACUCCCACAUCGACCUGAAGAUCCGAAUCCUGGAGGACUCUCAGAUCAGGGUCAUGUCGCCCAUCGUGUUCCAGAAGUUCCCGGUCCACGAGCUCCAGUGUCCUCGAGGUCUUCCGGAGUUGGAGUUCCUGGAUCUUCUCCGGUCCUCCUUCCCUCAGCUGGCUGACGGAGAACCUUUUGACGCCUUGACCACCGACGGCCUGAGGAGGCUCCAGCCUCUGAACGUGGACAUUCUGACUCCAGAGCAGAUCUACAGAACCACCAAAUCCACCGGGGUUCCCGUCCUCUACAUCCGCCUGAAGCGUUCAGCAGAGCUCCAGACACAAGAAGCUGCAGCUACAGAAGAUCAAUCGACUCCUGAUCAAACCUCAGUGAUCGAACAAGUUCAGUCUGUCAGGAAGAAACGGGGCCGACCUCGAACCAAAGAGUUUUCUUCUCAUGUCGAUCUGAGGAUCCGAAUCCUGGACCCAUCUGAGAACGACAUGACAACGCCUGGAGUGUUUCAGAAGUAUCCGGUCCACAAGCUCCACUGUCCUCGAGGUCUCCAGGAGGAGGACUUCCUGGAGCUGCUCAGGUCCUCCUUCCCUCAGCUGGCUGAUGGAGAACCCUUCGAUGUCUUCACCACGGACAGAACCAAGAGGCUGCUUCCUCUGGAGGUGGACAGUCUGACCCCGGAGGAGAUCCACCAGGUGAACCGGACCAACCGGAACUCGUCCCUCUUCAUCCGACUGAAGACCCGAGAGGACGUGGAUGUCGGUGAGAAGAACCUGAUUCCUCUGCAGAGUGACGCUGCUGAAGAUCUUGCAUCUUUUUCUGAACAAACCCACAGGAGCCCUGUUCAUCAGGAAGAACUCGGCUCUAACGUUCUGUCCAACACCUCCACGUCACAUCCUGAACCGGACCUGGAGGACGGGGAUGACGGAGAGGAGUCGUCCAACCUCUGGUUCCUGAUGCCGUCUGAGAGCGACGAGGUGUCUGACGGCGAGGACGACUGGAGGCCGAGGACGAGCGACGAGCGCCUGAGGAACGGAGAACCGGACCGGACGCCGGGGAAGCAGCAGCUCAAAGCGAGGAGAAUGAAGCAGAUGGCGUCUCCGCUGGCUGAUCACAGCGACACCCAACUGUCCUGUAAGGUCUGCCGGAUCCUACGAGGCUCCAUGAACAUGUUGAUCAAACACGCCUGGAGCCACGUCAACGAACGUGAGCGGAUCUGUGGAGUCUGUGGAGACCAGUCUGAGUCCACGGAGCAGCUCCGCAGUCACCUGCAGACCCACCAGAAGACCCACAGCUGCAACAUCUGUGGGAAGUCCUUCAUCACCGUGUCCGGCUUCAGGGGCCACAUCGCCCGGCACAAAGGCAACACGCCCUACCAGUGCAAGAUCUGCCACAAGGCCUUCACCGAGAAGUCGGUACUGAUGAACCACAGGUGGGUCCACACCAAGGACAAGCCACACAAGUGUGACGUCUGCCACAAGUCCUACCUGUCGAAGCUGAAGCUCCGAGACCACCGGUCCACACACACCGGUGGGAAGCUCUACGGCUGCAACAUGUGCGGGAAACGCUUCCGCAGCCUGGACACGCUGUCCGGCCACAUGGUUUUGCACUCAGGCCACACGGCGGUCCAAGAGCGCCGCUCCAUCUGCGAAGUUUGCGGCAAGAAGUUCUCCACAGACAAGAACCUGCGGAUCCACAUGAAGAACCACAGUGAGGACCGGCCGUUCGCCUGCAGCAAGUGCAACAAGAGGUUCUCGUUCAAGUCCAACCUGGUGACGCACAUGAGGGUCCACACCGGGGAGAAACCCUAUGAGUGCCCCGUCUGUGGGAAAACCUUCAGCCAGAACCACUGCGUGAAGAGACACCUGCUGAAGCACCGCGUGCAGGAGAUGUCGCCCAUCAACGGGGCGGCGUACUAGCGUGAUUCGUAAAGAUGGCCACUGGGAACCUGGAAGUGACGCCCAAUUUAGUGCUGUCGUCUUUUUCUGGCGAUUUACAACCAGAGGGUAUGCGGGAGGGACCUAACAGCUAGCUAGCAGUGCUGACUUUGAUACAGUCCCUGCCUAAAUAUACCGAUAUUAGUCACGUUUUUAUAACCUUGAUCUGAGUUAUUUAAUAUUUUAUUGGUGAAUACACAUUUCAAGUAAGAGAGCAUUGUGGAGGUUUAGCUAGUGAAGGGGCACCAUGACAAAAACUUACAUGACUCUUAAUGACCUUAAACCAGGCUGGAAUCUACUGAUUUAAUGUUUUAUCAGAUCUGUUAUCACGUGUCCGUGGCGACAAAAAGCUAAAUAAGCACCAAACUAAUGUCCAGGUACUGAAUUUUUGAUUGAUAGUGCCACAUUUAUUAAGAGUAGGAUUAAAUUUAUGACUCCUGUGUGACCAGAGGGCUCCUGCCUCGCCUACUAGCUAGCUAGCAGUGUUGUCAUGAUGCCAAGCAUCUCACUUUGAUAUGAUCUCUGCCUAAAUACACAGAUACUAGGGACAUCCCAAUCAAGUUUUUGUACCAUCCAUCUGCGUUAUUUAAUAUUUUAUUGUUGUCGAUCCGAAUACACAUUUCAAAUAAGAGAACAUUGUGUGGGUUUAGCUAGUGAAGGGGCACCAUGACAAAGACCUCUGUGACACUUAAUGACCUUAAAUCAAGCUGGAAUCAACUUGAUCGGGUUCAGGUUCACGCUGACAUCAACUUGUCAUAAUUUCCCAGCUGAUAGGGAAACAACACCACAGCAAGAAGCUAAAACAUCUGGAACAAUCAUGUGAUGUUAGAUGACAGAACAAGGCACAGAAAGGUUGUUGUUUUUUAUUAAUGAAAAAAGAAGAACACAAUGUUGUUGUUGUCGAUGCAAGGAAGUGGAGGAGGGAGAAGAAGACUUAGAGCACCGUUAGACUUCUGCUUUUAAACCAGACCAAAGGGUUGCAGAAGGAUAUUAGUUACACAAUCAUGUCCAACCACAUAUUUAUAAAGGAUCGUGGUUAAAGUGAAGCAGAGUCGUAACAUUUCAAUUUUAAUGCAAGUCUGCACUUAGUCGGUUGUGUUGACUGAUUUUAAGACUUUUUCCACGUUUCAGAAACAAAUACAAGAGGUCCUCAACUUACGUCAGUAUUCCGUUCCUACAGAUCGGCUUAAGUCGAUUUUUGCCGUAAGUCAGAACUCUGGCGAAAAUAUAAACAAAGCCGUUAUGUGCAUCACUAUAUCUAUUGGUGAAGUGGCGGGGAUGCGGAUCAGCACCUGUAAGUCUGAGGCCAUGGUUCUCUGAUGGAAAUCGGUGGAUUUUUCCCCCUGGUUGAGGGGGGGUUGCUUCCCCAAGUGAAGGAAUUCCAGUAUCUCAGGAUCUUGUUCCUGAGUGAUGGGAAAAUGGAGUGAGAGCAGGACGGGAGGAUUGGUGCGCUGUAUCGAACCGUCAUAGUGAAGAGGGAGCUGAGCCACAAGGCUUGAUUUAUCAUCCAUCUAUGUUCCAACCCUCACCUAUGGUCAUGAGCUCUGGGCAGUGACCCAAAGAAUGAGAUUGUGGAUACAAGCGUCUGAAAUGAGCUUCCUCCGUAGGGUGUCUGGACUCAGCCUGAGAGAUAGUUGUGGUGGUUUAGACAUCUGAUUCUGAUGCCUCCAGGGAGACUUCCUUAGGAGGUUUUCCAUAAACGUCCGCCUUGGAGGAGACCUCGGGGUAGACCCAGAAUUACCUGGAGGAAUUAUGUAUCUCAUCUGGCCUGGGAAUGCCUUGAGAUCCACCCGGAAGAGCUGGAAAGCGAGGAGGAGGAACAUCUGGAAUGAUCUGCUUCAUCUGUUGCCUCUGCAACCCGACCCCGGAUAAGAGGAAGAAAAUGUAUGGAUGGGUGAUGUUGAUCAGUUCUUCGGAAAAGUCAUGAGUACCAACAACAUUCAUGCAUGUAUUCCAUCAGAAGAGUCUAUCUUGUGCUGGGAGCCAUAAUGAAGGGCAAAAAGUUAGUAAAUGUAGCACAAUCCAAGGUGGAGUACAACCGGACAAUGGAAACGGAGCGUCUGAUAGCGCCACGUGACGACGUAUUUAUCCAUUCUGCUCGUCAACUAUUUCCACGUAACCAGUUCAGACAAAAUGUGUAGAUCGAGGAUGUCGCAAACCGAAGACCUACCUGUAACCAGUUUCAACGUAACGAUGAAAUGGCGUACGUCGUAAACCGAGGGCCUCUUGUAUUAGUUCAAAAACAUCACAGAGGCCAAAAGAUGCAGUUUGAAAAUCACAAGUCGUCGUUCUCAUUCUCUUUUUGAACUAAAACAUGAAAGAUCACUUGGGGAAGAAUGUGUUUUCCUGCAAGACGUUAAAAGUUUUACUUUGUUGCUUCCAGGUGUUUUAGGACUAUUUCCUCCACAUUUCCAGCAGUAACUUGAUGAAUUAGUUGUAACUCUAAAGAUCAGGGGCCUCAUUUAUAAAACAUUGCGUAGGAUCCACACUAAAAGUUUGGAAAUCUGAAAUAAGCAUACGGCAAAAAAUAUUCUGAUUUAUAAAACUGUGCGUAAGCACAGCUGCACACAAUUUCUUGAUAAAUCACACACCAGCUGGAAGAUUGCACAGGUGGAUCCACCUCACAUUCCGCCCACAACACACCCACAUUUUACCAUGAAUGGUCAAGGCAAAGUAACUCAUGAAUGUAUCUGUAUAUAAAUAAGCUGCUGAUCCACGGCAUUUUACACAGCGCCCCCUGCAGUCUUUUCACUGCUGUGCGUCAGGAUGAAUGAAUCAUGUGUUGACCCAGGCCACCCUGCCACUAAAUUUGUUAUGAUCAUGUCCGAUGUACAAAUAAUUUGUAAACUGAUUGAAUGUACAUUUUUUCGGUUCACACAGACAAAUUCAUCUUCACUCGGAGCCCUUACAGCAACAUGAGUGCAGUCAGUUACGCCGAUUACAUUUGGGAAACCGGACAUUGCUGCAAAUUGCCGUUUAAUGUUGGCCUGUUCACCCACAGUGUAAGGAAACCUGAUGUAUUGACUGGUCAUGUUUAUAAUGUCAUCCAAAACAGCUGGCUUUAUUGAGGGAUGGUUGUGAUAUCCAGACCUAAAGGACAUCAUUUAACUGUAUAUCAGACCCAGAUAGGAUUUAGACAACAAAUGUAACCUCAUAUAUUCUUCAUAUAAAACACAAACCUGUCGGCCACUUAACGCUGGAAGGAGCCGGUGUUGCCAGAAACCCCCGAGUCGUCAGCUCCUGUGUCUGUACCGGGAUGCCGUGGUUUGGGCUGGUGGGUCGAUCUAAGACGGCCCAGUUCAGCACAUAGAUCCAAGAGUACUGCUCUAGGGAAUCUGAAUCGGCUUAUUAGCCAGUCAUCAUCAUGGGCAAAUCCCCGUGAUUCCUAAAAUCUCUCUCCAUUCUUAACGUGAUCUUCCAGCAAUGCCAGCUCAUCCAUUGUGCCACAUUACGCACGGCUGUCACCCGCUAUUUAUCCGCUUGAUCAGUGAUUGGACUGAUUGUCACAUGCCUUUUCCAAAUCAGUAAUCAAUCAGUGCCACUCACCGCUCUAUAUCAUUUGAAGAUGGAAGUUUGAUAUAUGAACAUAGUUCUGCAAAUACAGUCGUAGGCCGAAUGGCGCACUAUAUGAACAUCUACAACAAUGAGGGUUUAUGAUUAUCCGGCUCUACAAGCCUAAUAUGUGAUAACAAUAAAGGUUUGAGAUCAAUCUGGUUUCAAUUCACCACUUCACCCUCCGGCACUGCCGUUCCCUCUGUCUCCAAAAUGUGCUUAAGCAAGAAUCAAUGAUGGGACACAUUCUCACGCCAAGUUUGUUUUUAGAAACCUUUGCGUAGAAAGUGGCAUACGUAACUUUCUAGCUCUGUUUUGUGUGUAAGCAAGCUUUAUAAAUGAGGCCCCAGGAUCUUUGUGGAGUUUCAGGGUUUGUGGUUGUGGAUCUCCAGAACCAGACGGCAGCAUCGUAUUUAUGUUUGUACAGUCAGAGGAGGAGGCGUCUGGUUGUAAUUAUCCAUUAUUUCCCAUCAGUUAUUCAUUCUGUGGAACUUCUCAGGAUCCUCUGAGGCAUACCUUCGUUUAACUGACCAAAACUCUGAAACGUUCUUCGGUUUGUACGCGAGAAGCAGCUUGAAAACUGACUGAAACUUUUAACUGACGAGUAAAUGUUACCUGGAAGUUUCCUCAGAGACUCAUGUUGGGGAAGUUUCCACGUUCAUUCAGCCGUUCAGGAUUCAUCCACUCGUUCUGGAACACUGCUAUUGGUCCAACCUGGUGGAGGCUCUGAGUUAUUUAUUUGACAUCUACUGGGAGCGAAAGCAGCCGACGGCAAAGAAGUCAGUUUGGAUGGAGCAAAGUGUGAACGGAAUCACCACAAAGAGACAAAAUGGCAACUUAAAGAUGUAAACUGACUGAAAAUGACUGAAAUAUAACAAGAACAACCACAAAGAGAUGUGAAAAGAUGACAAACGCACGCAAGAUGUGUUAAAUGUCACACUAAAUGACCAAAAUGGAACAAAAGCAUCCGUAAAGAGACACAAAAUUAAUAAUAGGAGAUGUAAAGCGACUAAAAUUGGUUAAAUUGAUAAUGAGAAAGAGACAAAAUGGAACCUAAGACACACAAAAUGCAGAAAUGGUUCAAAAACAACCACAAAGAGACAGAAUUAACAAUAUGAGACACAAAACUGACAAACUAUGACGACAAAAAGACAAAAUAACCAAAAUUGGACACAAAAUGAAACAAAAACAUCCACAGAGACACAAAAUUAAUAAUACAAGACAUAAAGUGACAAAAUGCCAACUUAAUGAUGCGAGUUGACUGAAAUGACACAAAAUGUCCCAAAAGACGACAAAGACACCAAGAAUUAACAAUAUGGGACACAAAACUGCUAUAAAAUCACCACAAGCAGACAAAACAAGACCAAAACUGGACACAAGAUGGAACAAAAACAACCAUAAAGAGACACAUUUAGAAUAUGAGAUUAAAACAACUAAAGUUAGUUAAAUUAAUAAUAAAAAACAGAGACACACAAAAAUGACAGAAAUGGAACAAAGACAAAAUUAACAAUACGAGACGUAAAACAACAAAAACUGGUUAAAUGAACAACCGAAAAGAGACAAAAUGGAAAAUAAGAAACACAAAAUGUCUCAAAAAACAUCCAUAAAGAGACACGAUGACAACUUAAAGAUGCAGAUUGACUGAAAUCGCACACAAAAAGCUGACAGACACACGGAAUGUGUUAAAUGUAACACAAAAUGGAACAAAAACAACCAUAAAGACAGACAAAAUUAACAAUAUGGGACAAAAAACUGACAUAAAAUCACCACAAAGAGACAAAAUGACCACAAAGAGACCAGAAAUGGACACAAGAUGGAACAAAAACAGCCAUAAAGAGACACAAAAUUAACAAUACAUUACAUGACAUGACAAAAAGACAGAAAAUAUCAAAAAUUGGACAAAACUGCCACAAAGAGACACAGAAUUAAUAUGGGACACAAAAGUGACAUAAAAUCACCACAAAGAGACACUAAAAGACCAAAACUGAACAUGAAACGGAACAAAAACAACCAUAAAGAGACACAAAAUUAACAAUGCAAGAUGUAAAACGGCUAAAAUAGUUAAAAAUAUCGAUUCUAAAGAGAAUCAGAAUCAGUUUUUCUGCUCAGACGGUUUUUAAAGACGACGUAUUUGACUUUCAGUGAGAAACAGGAAACAGGAAGUACCGAAUUCUAGAAGGAAAAACUGAAACUUUACGAGACUCCGGAAAGUUCCUCCUCGUUGAUUCUGCUAAAAUUUUUCUGGAACUUUUGGUAAAAAAUAAACAAAAACAAGAAGAAGAAACCAGACAAACACAGCAGUCAUUUUAUUUUGAAAGGCAGACAGCUGAAGGUUCUGGGGACUACUUUUAGCAGCGGACUGAUACCCAGAGACGUUGAUGUAGACGUGGUGUGAUGUUUUAAAGUGUUACUAAUAAACAGACCCAUGAUUAUUAAAAAAAACUUUUAUUUGAGUUUGAAGGUUUUUAAUUUUUUUUAAACAGUUUUUAUUCUGAAUGUCGUCCUGAACUUUUGUUUUUUACUCGUGAUGUUGUUGUUUGUGCAUAUUUUCAUUAAAUCUCUUAUUUUUUCACGUCA